AUGAUACCCUUCAAACUCGCAAAUCAGCAUCGCGAGGUCGGCUCGCCCUCUGUGAACCUGGAAAAGGGCCGGUACCGAAUGCGGGGACCUAUGCCCAGCACCCCGACGCGUAGCGGAAGUUCCAGUACAGGCGAUGCGGGACAGCCGAUCAGGCGAAAACGCAGCCAGUCGACUCAGAACAUGGCCAUGUCGACGUGCAUGGCCACGAUCGUCGUCCUUCUGGUCGCAGCUUGCCUGACCUCGUUCGGCUUCGCCUACUACCUAUUUACUACGAGGUGGGAUCAAGCAACACUCUCAGACGCGUACACUCCAGCUAACCGUCUCGCUUCGACCCCUCCGCACUCCCCGCUCCUUCCUCUUCAAGUCGUCCAAUUUGAGCCUGAGGCUUCGGACCUAGACGCGUACACUACACGUAGCGACCCACACGAAAAGUUUCUGUCAUACCUCCCUCAUAGUGGAUAUCAUAAUCAACGCAUUGCACUCGAAAAUGCCCUAAUUCUUGCACGUCUACUGAAUCGUACCCUUCUGCUCCCUCCUGCAAGGCUCGGAAAACGCGUCAUUCAUUACAUGAGAUACGACCUUCUACGAAGAGCGCUUGGUCUACAGGGAAAGGAAGGCCUUGAACACUGUGCCAGGACGUUUCGCUUCACCCCUCCGGAAUGCUACGGCUACUUCGACUAUACACUCGUGCCCUGGGACUGGCUUGUCAACUUUACCGCGAUCCGUAACUCUCAACAACUGCUUCAGCGCUGGAAUAUGACACAUGCAUGGCUGUCCGAUAACCUUGGUAUCAACGUAGGCCAUCCCGAUGUAUAUGGUGAUGGGAAGGACGUCUAUACACUUACCGACACGGAUCCGUAUCAAUACGUGUUUCUCGACACGGAUAUGUCUAUGUCAGAAGCCAACAAAAAGUCCACAAAAUAUAAAGAAAGCAUACGUAUCGACGCGCUGGCUCGGGAUACCUCCGAUAAACGUCUACUACAGCUUGGAACACUCUUUGGCUCUGCGCGGUUGAGGCUGCGUCCUUCAACUCUCAAACUUCGAAGUGACAUUCGUAAAUCUAUGAUCCCUACUAUUCCCCAGAUCGAACAGGUAUCAAAUGAGAUCAAGCGCCACUUGUUGACGCUGUCACAAGAAAUGGGUAUUGACGACUACAUCGGCGCCCAUAUACGCCUGGGCGACGGCAAGUUCUUGGAGCAGAGUAAAUCAAAUAUCCGGACUAUCUGCCAUGACAUGGUUCGGCUCGUCCUUGGCUUUACGGAUGAUGACGACGAGGACGGACUGCAGACUUUCCUCGCCGACCUUCACAACUUUCAUGAGACGCGAAAUGAACUUACGACACCGAAGACAAAUGGACAAGCCGGCAAGCUUCAGUGCUGGUUACCAAAGUACACAUCACAGCGUUUUGCUCCCCUCAAUACUCCUAUCUUCGUUUCCACCGACGCGCAGAAUCCCCGUCAGGACACCGUCAUAAGUUACCUGCUGCAGACUUUCCCUUGUACUUUCUUCCUAAACGAUUUCAUACCCACAUCGCAAGAACACGCCCCGCCCCUGGUUACUAUCAACGACACGCUGAAUCUUGUUAGUGGGUAUGACGGCACACCCUUGAGAGAUCACCUCCUCCCAUUCGUUGACGCCAUCGUCGUAGGCAAAGCUUGGAAAGCUGUGGGGACAGAGGGGAGCACGUUCAGCCGUUUCAUUCUCGAUGUGCUAUGGAGAGUGUAUCAUGGGUUGGAGAUAGUACAGCGUGGUUGA